CCGUCCAAGCGCUGCUGCGCUGACUAAUAAAGCCCUGGAGCGCACCGCCCAUGUGGACUGUCCAGGAACAGAAAGUCAUCGCCACCUGGGGAAAUCAUAUGCUUAUUGACGUCCGAGACGUCCGCAUUAAACCCAACAAACCAAACACUUUAGGUGUAAGUUGGAUCCCGCUGAGCUUUUAUCAUGGUUAACAUGGCUUUAAGUUUACGCUGUCAAAUCGGACUCGACUUUUUUGAGUUUUUAAACGAAACCAAUCGCGCAUCCAUCACUGACAGAAUUCAGCUGAGAGACAUUUACAACGAUGAGUUCAGGAGCAGGAACGCUGGUACCAAAGAUCCGAACUUCGGUUCGGUCCUCUAUGCCCUGAAAGUGUGCCACAAAAUUACAAGGCGCUAUGACAAAAUACGCUUCAACUCCACGGUCAAAGCUCUCUAUGUGGAUCAGUGGAACAGUCCCAGGGACCGCCAACCACAGCCGGUCCAGAAUGGAGCAGCCAGCCCUGAGAUCUUACUGGCACCUAACUCUCCGGACGAGGCCGAGACAGGAGUAAGAGCCCGAAGGAAGCUAGCCGGUCUUCUGAUAAAAAAACUCAAUGUGGAGAGGACCCAGUUUAUCUCUGACAAACAUGGUAUCAGUAUCACCUCUGACCAUCUGUUUGAGAAUGGAAAACUUGGCGUGUGUAUUAAAAACACACUUGAGUAUAAGGUUAAUCUGACUGUGAAAAACACCAGCACACAACCUGUGUACUUCACUUACUACACCCCACUCCACUGGCUCAAAUGCUUAAGUAUGUUUGAUGAGCAAAGAGUGACCAAACGGAACCCUCUGCAACUAAAACCAGGUGACAGCUACGAGAUACAGGUUGACUUCCGCUGCAGUUCAGUUGGUUUUUAUCCAGCUACUCUGGCUUUUGAGUUCAAACCAGAUUUGCAGCCUUCCUCUUCUGCCUUCCACAUUGUCCGCUUCAUCGAGGCCCAGUGUGUCACUUCCUUGGGACUCGAGCUGGCACCUGUGGCCCCCUACAAGCCUCGCUCCCUACCGGCCUUGAUUGCCGAACCAAAGUUCAACAUUGUGGAUGGACAGCGACCCGAGGGGAUGACAGUGCUGCAGCUCCAGUAUGUGGUCGAGUUAAAACAGUACCGAGUACCACCGUACAUGAACCAGCUCCUCAGAUUGCUCAGGCAGUCCUGUUCCCUGUCUGAUCAAAGAGGGACUGUGCUGGAGAAUCCCCUGAACUGGGAGAACUAUACUGAAAAGUUCCAGCUGCUGCUGUAUUUGGAGGAACUCCAGAUGGAGGUUGACAUCAGAAGGUACAACAUUCCCAAUGAGGAUAAAGAGUUUGCCGUCCUAAGGAGCGACCCGCAUCAGAAGAAGCUUCUUAUUUUAGAGGUCCCUGGUGUGUCUGAGAACCGCCCAUCUGUGCUUCGGGGAGAUGCACUGCUGGCCUACCCUCAAGGAGAAACGGGAGUGAAGUACCGCGGCUACGUCCACAGUGUGCAGCUGGACAGCGUCAGGCUGGGCUUUGCCUCAGAGCUACUGAGCCGCUUUACAAACGGAAAAGAUCUCUCCUUCAUCGAAGGGGUGAAAUUCAACAUUGAGUUCACCAUCAACCGCUUGACCGUACGUCUGCAGCACAGAGCAGCAGAGCUGGCGGCCUCCUGCAAUCUGAGAAGUGUGCUGUUUCCUGUUGCAUCUCCCAUGUCAAGUUAUCCACCGGAUCUUCCUAAACUCAGGCUCUUUGACUGGCAACUGGAGAAAAACCCAGAGCAGUAUCAAGCAGUCCAACACAUUGUGGCCGGAUCAUCCAGGCCUGCGCCUUACCUUGUGUUUGGCCCACCUGGAACAGGCAAAACCGUGACUCUGGUGGAGGCCAUCAAGCAGAUAGAGAAGGCCCAGCCCUGCUGCCACAUUCUGGCCUGUGCUCCGUCCAACAGUGCUGCUGACCUGUUGUGCAGCAAGAUCCUGGACCACGUGGACGCGCACAAAGUGUACCGCAUGUAUGCCAGCAGUCGGGAGCCAAGAUUUGUUCCUGAACGCUUAAAGGCAUGUUCUAACCUGGUAGGAGAGUGUUAUGUUUUUCCUCCAAAAGAAAAGCUGAUGGAGUAUAAGAUCUUGGUCACCACCCUGUUAACUGCUGGAAGGUUUGUCUCGGGAGACAUUCCAGCUGGACAUUUCACUCAUGUGUUUGUGGACGAGGCCGGACACGCUGUGGAGACGGAAUGUUUGGUCCCAAUUGCAGGAUUGCUCGAUACUGAGACUGGCCAACUGGUUCUGGCCGGAGACCCCAAGCAGCUCGGACCCAUUCUCAGAUCUCCCUUUGCACUGAGAUACGGGAUGGGAAUGUCCCUUUUGGAGCGUCUGAUGAAUAAUUUCACUCUGUACCAGAAGAACGAGGAUGCGUUCAACAACUGCUUCGUCACCAAGCUGCUGCGCAACUACAGGUCUCAUCCUGCCAUUCUGAAAAUUCCCAACGAGCUUUACUAUGACGGAGAGCUGCAGGCUUGCGCAGAUGAAUAUGCACGUAACUUCUACUGCACAUGGGAGCACCUUCCAAAGCAGGGCUUCCCGGUGAUCUUCCGUGGGGUAGCUGGUGUUGACGCACGUGAGGCAAGCAGUCCAUCCUUCUUCAAUGUGGCAGAAGUGGAGGUGCUGAUGGACUACGUAAGGAAACUGCUCCAGUCAGACGGCAAGAAGGGACUGUCUAAAAUCACACCCAAAGACAUAGGCAUCAUUGCUCCUUACAGGAAACAGGUGCAGAAAAUCCGCAAGGCCUUGGAAAAAGUUGGGAAAGACUUCAAAUCCCAUGACAUGACUCUUCUGAAGGUUGGGUCUGUGGAGGAGUUCCAAGGCCAGGAGAGGAGAGUGAUCCUGGUGUCCACAGUUCGAAGCGGAUCAAAUAACUUGGAGUUUGACAGAAAGUUCAACUUGGGCUUCGUUAAGAAUGAGAAGAGAUUCAAUGUGGCUGUGACUCGAGCCAAAGCACUUCUGAUUGUGGUGGGAAACCCCAGAGUGUUGAACACAGAUGCUACCUGGGCCCGCUUCACCAAGUACUGCAGGGAUGAAGGAGGCUACAUUGACUUAGAUCAUAAAGAGGAUGAAGAUAAAAUCAUAGAUAGACUUGCAGUGCUUUACAACGAAAUGAACCUUGAAGUUCAAGUUGAAACUGCUGAAAGUGAUGUUCAGCUGUACCUGGACCCUGAGUGGAGGAACGACAUGUGACCAACAGUAGACUCUGAACUCAGAGGGGUUUAUUGUGACUUUAGCAGGAGGUAUCAUUUUACCACAGUCCGGUCUUUCAUUCCAUAAUAAAAAAAACACACAUACACACUCGUUUUUCUUAAUUUCAUAUCCAACCAACUUUGAAAUAUCUCAGACUUAAGGAUAAAUCUGAGAUCUUUUACGGAACACAUGGAUAAGGCAUAUAUAUAUAUAUACCUUGAUGUGUUUUUUUU